AUGCAGCGGUCGGCGGGGCCCGGGCCGAAGAUGGCGCCGGAGGAGCUGGGCGACCUGCUGGUGCCCUACUUGCCCACCGUCCGGGUGCCCCGCCACAGGGACCGGGUCUACAAGGCCGAGUGCGCCUUCUCCUUCGACUCCCCCGAUUCUGAAGGUGGUCUCUACGUGUGUAUGAACACUUUCCUGGCGUUCGGGAGGGAACACGUUGAAAGGCACUACCGAAAAACUGGACAGUGUGUAUAUAUGCACCUGAAACGACACAUAAGAGAGAAAGUAAAAGGGGCAUCUGGUGGUGCUGUACCCAAGAGGAGCAAUGCCAAGCUAUUCUUAGAUCUAGAAACAGAUGGUGAUUUAAACAGUGAUGAUUAUGAAUAUGAAGAUGAAGCCAAACUUGUCAUAUUUCCAGAUCACUAUGAAAUUGCCUUGCCAAAUAUAGAGGAAUUACCUGCCCUGGUAACUAUUGCUUGUGAUGCUGUUCUUAACUCCAAAUCUCCGUACAGAAAGCAGGACCCAGAUUCAUGGGAAGAGGAACUGCAGGUUUCCAAACAUGCUAAUAACCUCAUCCAGCUGGACACUGGCGUCAGGAUUCCUCCAAGUGGCUGGAAGUGCGCGAGGUGUGACUUGCGUGAGAACCUGUGGCUGAACUUAACCGACGGCUCGGUGCUGUGCGGAAAGAGGGUCUUCGAUGGCCUUGGCGGAAACGGGCAUGCGCAGGAGCACUACAGAGAGAUGGGCUACCCCUUAGCCGUGAAAUUAGGAACCAUCACCCCCGAUGGUGCAGAUGUUUAUUCUUUUCAAGAAGAGGAAACAGUUCUGGAUCCCCAUUUGGCAAAGCACUUAGCACACUUUGGAAUCGAUAUGCUCCAGAUGCACACGACGGAGAACAGGAUCACGGACAAUGAUGUAAAACCAAGGACCAGCGAGUGGGAAGUGAUUCAGGAAUCUGGAAUGAAGCUGAAACCCAUGUAUGGCUCGGGAUUCACUGGGAUGAAGAACCUUGGAAACAGCUCCUACCUCAACUCUGUUAUGCAAGCCAUCUUCAGCAUCCCAGAAUUCCAGAGAGCGUAUGUGGGAAACCUACCAAGAAUAUUCGACUACUCUCCUUUGGAUCCAACGCAAGAUUUCAACACACAGAUGACUAAAUUAGGACAUGGCCUUCUCUCCGGCCAGUAUUCUAAACCCCCGGUGAAAUCUGAGCUCAUCGAACAGGUGAUGAAAGAAGAACACAAGCCUCAGCAGAAUGGGAUCUCUCCCCGCAUGUUUAAGGCCUUUGUGAGUAAAGACCACCCGGAAUUUUCCUCCAAUAGACAGCAAGAUGCUCAGGAGUUUUUCUUGCACCUGGUAAAUCUAGUAGAGAGGAACCGCAUCGGUUCCGAAAACCCGAGCGACGUUUUCCGGUUUCUGGUGGAAGAGCGCAUCCAGUGCUGCCAGUCCCGGAAAGUGCGAUAUACAGAGCGGAUCGACUACCUCAUGCAGUUACCCGUGGCUAUGGAGGCAGCCACAAACAAGGAUGAACUCAUCGCCUACGAGCUGACGAGAAGAGAAGCAGAAGCGUCCAGGAGACCUCUCCCAGAGUUGGUCCGGGCCAGAGUCCCUUUCAGUGCCUGCCUUCAGGCCUUUUCUGAACCAGAUAAUGUGGAUGAUUUCUGGAGCAGCGCCUUGCAGGCUAAGUCUGCUGGUGUCAAAACAUCUCGCUUUGCUUCAUUCCCUGAAUACUUGGUAGUACAGAUAAAGAAGUUCACAUUUGGUCUUGACUGGGUACCCAAAAAGUUUGAUGUGUCUAUUGAUAUGCCGGAUCUACUUGAUAUCAAUCAUCUCCGAGCAACGGGACUGCAGCCGGGAGAGGAGGAGCUUCCAGACAUUGCCCCUCCUAUUGUCAUUCCCGAUGACCCCAAAGAUCGCUUGACGAACCAUUUCAUGGAGCCUCCAGACAUCGACGAGUCUUCUGUAAUGCAGCUGGCUGAGAUGGGUUUCCCCCUGGAAGCAUGUCGGAAGGCUGUAUACUACACAGGAAACAUGGGUGCUGAAGUGGCCUUCAACUGGAUCAUUGCUCAUAUGGAAGAACCCGAUUUUGCUGAACCAUUGGUGUCGUCUGGUUUGGGAGGAGGCACCUCUGUUGGGGCAGCCAGCUUUGAUGCAAUUGGACUGGAUAAUCAACCUCCUGAGGAAAUUGUAGCCAUCAUCAUGUCCAUGGGUUUCCAGAGAAACCAGGCGAUUCGGGCGUUAAGGGCAACUAAUAACAACUUGGAGAGGGCCCUUGAUUGGAUCUUUGGCCAUCCUGACUCUGAAGAGGAGAACGAAUUUGCUACAAACCUGAUGGAUUUGGAGAACCAUGCCAAUGCCAACAUUGUCACAGAGACUAACCCGGAAGGUCCUAGAGUCAAAGAUGGAGCAGGAAGAUAUGAAUUACUUGGGUUUAUCAGUCACAUGGGAACAUCCACCAUGAGCGGCCAUUAUGUUUGCCACAUCAAAAAGGAAGGACGGUGGGUCAUCUACAAUGACCAUAAAGUCUGUGCCUCUGAAAGACCCCCCAAAGACCUGGGCUACAUGUAUUUCUACCACAGGAUAUCAAGCUAGGCCUUAUUCACGCUACCUGGCUCAUAGAAGCCAUAUACCUUUUUUUAGCUGCCAAAAAGAGAGUAUUAAGUUAGACUACUUAAACGCAAAGGAAUACGUGGGGUAUUUAUCGUUUAUUUAAAAAGCACGGUUAUUGCUGCUUCUGGAGGUGUUAAUGAGGAAAUUUCUAUUGUGCGAUGAUAUGAUGUAGAAUGUAGAUGGUUUCUCUUGGUGAAUGUUCAGAGAUAAACCCUUACAGCACUCAGAUUAUUUUGGGGGGAUUCUUUCCACCCAACACACUGAAAGCACAAAUGCCACCACGGUUUCUGCCUGGUACCCAAGUGGGAUGUCUAAAGACAUCUGGAGAAAGUACCUUGCAGAAGUACUUUUGUCACUUAUAGUCCUCCCAGAUUAUGAAAGGAAGAUCUGAC